AAAAAGGGGGUCUGAUUUAUUCCUCGCAGCCUCCUCCUAACCGCAAAUUACUACCAGCAACUUACGUCGAAACUUACUCGACGUAUUGGCGGUCGGAGAGGGAGAACGCACCGAUAAAACUACAUUCGCGCUCUCUCGUCGCUCAGUAGUGCUACUCACGGUGGUACGGCGUACAUACGCUGAUACGCAUCGCGCAGUGACGUCAAACGAAAUCAACGCGCUCCUCCUGUCGUCUCGUCGCACGAUACAGCGCGCAGAAGCAGCAAGAGAGGGAGUGAGAAAGAGUAAGAGUUUAUAAUAUAAGAACGCGGUGACGACGCGCGCGCGCAAGGGAGAGAGAGAGAGAGAGAAUGCUACGGGAGCAAGAAGGAGAGGCCGAGCGGCCAAUCGGUGUCUCGGGCGCCUACGGGCGUAGGGCGUAGGUGUAGGUUUCGCAUUCGUCAUCGGGGUCGACGGUGAGCUUGACGGCACGCUCGAUGGAGGUUAUGUCCGUCCACGAUCCACAACGUUUAGAAGAGAGUGCUGGAACAGUAUAAUAAUUCGCGCGUGAGAUCGAGCAAGGCUACCUUUCGCGCGCCCGCUCGUGUAUCGUGACAAGUGUGCUAUCCAGCGUCUUCCAUUAAACGGAGUAAAUAAUGUCAAGCAGCGUGUGCCACGCUCCCCUACCAGCUCGAAUGGAAGCGUUCACCACGAGGCUCUGCCUGCGUGCGGUCGACCAGUAUGAGCGGCUUCUUCAGACGCACUUCAACAAGACCUCUCUGGUUGCAGCCCUCAAGCAAGGAGCAAACCCGAUUGAGCAAUCAUGAUUCGACGGACAGCAGGGAUCACCGUCGGCAGAAGGAUGGGUCCAGCAGCAGUAGUAGCAGCAGCAACAGCACCUACAGCGCUUUCCGCCAGUGGCGACGAAGCUCGAUGGGCUCCAACAACAGCCGCUCCAACAGCGCUGGCUCCAGAUCGUCCCACUCCCUGGCCAAAGCGCCCAAUGACACGGCCACCAUCCGGAAGAUGGAACAAUUCCCCCUGGUCCUGUCCGACGCGACGAUGCCGGACGAUGCCGACCUCUCCCUGAAAUUUCUCGCCCUGAAUGCUCUGGAUCUGACGGCGCCGGCGAGCGAUGUGCUGCUGAAGAACCGAUUAAAGUCCUGGUUUCAAUUGUCGGGCCAUCCGGAUGGUUUCGCGCCCGCCGGUCCUGGCACUGUCUGGAAAAGAAAGACAGGCGGCGCCGAAAAUACAGAGCGCAUCGUUUAUGAGACCCUAAGCAAGGAGAAAGCGUUGCGGGAUUGCAUACCGAGAUAUUACCGGGAGGUCGAGUACAAAGGCGAUACGUUCAUCGAGCUGCAGAAUUUGCUGUUCGGUUUCAACGAUCCCCACGUAAUGGAUAUCAAGAUGGGCACGCGGACCUUCCUCGAGUCCGAGGUGUCCAAGACCACCGCCAGGCCGGAUCUCUAUGAGAAGAUGAUAACCGUCGAUCCGAACGCGCCGACCCAGUUGGAGCACGAGCAGCGCGCCGUAACCAAGUUACGGUACAUGCAAUUCCGCGAGCAACAGAGCUCGACCUGCAGCCAUGGUUUUCGCAUCGAGGCGAUGAAAUUGCCGGGUGCGCCACCGAUCACUGAUCUCAAAAAGGUCAAGUCGCACUCGGAGGUACUCGACACCAUAAGGCAGUUCCUUAGUAGGCGCGAGGACACCCGUCAGAAAAUCCUUGCACGUCUCAGAAAUUUGCGAACCAAGAUCGAGGAGUCCGAGUAUUUUAAAACCCACGAGGUAAUCGGCAGUAGUAUCUUUAUGAUCUACGAUAGCGAAAAGGUGGGCGUUUGGCUAAUAGAUUUCGCGAAGACACGCGAGGUACCGGACGGACGAAAGCUUACGCAUAGGCGUCCUUGGGAGGAAGGCAACCACGAAGAGGGUUUUCUAUUUGGAUUGGAUAAUUUAAUUUCGACCAUAGAAGAAAUUUCCUUUUCUCCAUAAAUACUAAAUAAAAUGCACGGCAGAAUUCAGAGACAUUUUUCUGUACUAUAAAACAAAUUUUCUUUGUGUACAUAUAACGAGCAAAAAAAGUAUUUGUAUUUCAUCAUUUCUUUCUGUCUAAAUAAUCUUCAAUUCGAUAAUACAUCGAUGGCAUCAUAAUCGAAAAGAAGAGUAUGUUAUAUAAGUAAGACAUUUUGACAGUCAAAAAGUGGUAUACCAGUACUUGUUUCACUCAUCUUCUGGUUCUGUCGCGUUUCUGACGUGUUUAUUAUUUAUGUCAUCGAUAUGUAUAUAUAUUGGUAUUUUAACACGAAAGACUGUUUUCUAUUGCAUUUUGCGCGCAUUUUUGUAAGAGACAUAUCUUGAAACGAAAUCCGCAACGCAUUACUCUAUGUACAAACGUGUAAUGUACAAAAGUAGCUUUUAAGAUAGCGAUAAGUAACUCUAACGCGUGUAAACUAGGCGAGACUUAUUUAUGAGGAGUGCUUAUAUAUACGUUAUACGAAUAAUAAUAAUAAUAAUACGUUCUUACUUUUUUUAAAGAGUACUCGUAUCCCCGAUCGCUUCGUGUGUUUGAACUGUUUGUAAUAAGGAAUAAAUCUUCAUAUACAUUUAUGUAAAUUAGUUUUUCUAUUUUAGAUACAUUAAUAAUUGUCCUUAUAAAGAUGUCAUAAACUCGAUAGUUGUCAUAUUUGUAUAAUUAAAGUGUCGUAUAAUUAAA